CCGGCGCGGGGGGCGAGGCGCCGCGGGCCGGCUGGCGGGCGCGCAGCAUGGCGGUGGAGGAAGAGGGGCUCCGGGUCUUCCAGAGCGUGAAGAUCAAGAUCGGUGAAGCCAAAAACCUUCCCUCCUACCCGGGGCCAAACAAGAUGAGGGACUGUUACUGCACCGUGAACCUCGACCAGGAGGAGGUUUUCAGGACCAAAAUCGUGGAAAAGUCACUCUGCCCCUUCUACGGAGAAGACUUUUACUGUGAGAUUCCUCGGAGUUUCCGUCACCUGUCGUUCUACAUUUUUGAUAGAGACGUCUUCCGGCGGGAUUCCAUCAUAGGGAAGGUGGCCAUCCGGAAGGAGGACUUGCAGAAGUACCACAACAGGGACACCUGGUUCCAGCUGCAGCACGUGGACGCCGACUCAGAAGUGCAGGGCCAGGUCCACCUGGAGCUGAGGCUGAGCGAGGUCAUCACGGACACAGGUGUCGUCUGCCACAAGCUGGCCACGCGCGUCGUCGAGUGCCAAGGCCUCCCCAUUGUGAACGGGCAGUGUGACCCUUAUGCCACGGUGACGCUGGCAGGACCACUCAGGUCAGAAGCGAAGAAGACAAAAGUGAAAAAGAAGACCAACAACCCCCAGUUUGAUGAGGUGUUUUACUUUGAGGUGACCAGACCCUGUAGCUACAGCAAGAAGUCCCACUUCGACUUCGAGGAGGAGGACGUGGACAAGCUUGAAAUCAGAGUUGAUCUCUGGAACGCCAGUAACUUGAAGUUUGGAGACGAGUUCCUGGGAGAACUGCGGAUUCCGCUGAAGGUGCUGCGUCAGUCCGGCUCCCACAAGGCCUGGUACUUCCUUCAGCCACGGGACAACGGCGGUAAGAGCCUGAAGCCGGACGAUCUGGGGUCCCUGCGGCUGAACGUGGUGUACACGGAGGACCACGUGUUUUCCUCCGACUAUUACAGCCCUCUGCGGGAGCUGCUGCUCAAGUCUGCAGACGUGGAGCCCGUGUCCGCGUCGGCGGCCCACAUCCUGGGCGAGGUGUGCCGGGAGAAGCAGGAGGCGGCCGUCCCGCUGGCGCGGCUCCUCCUGCACGCGGGCAGGGUGGUGGCCUUCGUCAGCGCCAUCGCCAGCGCCGAGGUGCAGAGGACACAGGACCCCAACACCAUCUUCCGAGGAAACUCGCUGACGUCCAAGUGCAUCGACGAGACCAUGAAGCUGGCGGGCAUGCACUACCUGCACGUCACGCUGAGGCCGGCCAUCGAGGAGAUAUGCCAGAGCCACAAGUCUUGUGAGAUCGACCCCGUGAAGUUAAAAGACGGAGAAAACCUCGAGAACAACAUGGAGAACCUGCGGCAGUAUGUGGACCACAUCUUCCACGCCAUCACCACGUCCGGGGUGAGCUGCCCGACGGUCAUGUGCGACAUCUUCUUUUCCCUCCGAGAGGCGGCCGCUAAGCGCUUCCAAGAUGAGCCGGACGUGAGGUACACUGCCGUGAGCAGCUUCAUCUUCCUGCGGUUCUUCGCCCCGGCCAUCCUGUCCCCCAACCUCUUCCAGCUCACGCCGCACCACACGGACCCGCAGACGUCCAGGACCCUGACCCUCAUCUCUAAGGCCAUCCAGACCCUGGGCAGCCUGUCCAAGUCCAAGUCCGCCAGUUUCAAGGAGUCGUACAUGGCCACGUUCUACGAAUUCUUCAAUGAGCAGAAAUAUGCGGACGCCGUGAAAAACUUCCUGGAUCUGAUCUCGUCCUCGGGGAGAAGAGACCCCAAGAGCGUGGAGCAGCCCCUCCUGCUCAAGGAAGGGUUCAUGAUUAAGAGGGCGCAAGGGAGAAAGCGCUUUGGGAUGAAGAAUUUUAAGAAGAGAUGGUUUCGCCUGACGAACCACGAAUUCACCUACCAGAAAAGCAAAGGAGACCCGCCGCUGUGCAGCAUCCCCAUCGAGAACAUCCUGGCGGUGGAGAGGCUGGAGGAGGAGUCCUUCAAGAUGAAAAACAUGUUCCAGGUGGUCCAGCCCGAGCGCGCGCUGUACAUCCAGGCCAACAACUGCGUGGAGGCCAAGGACUGGAUCGACAUCCUCACCAAAGUGAGCCAGUGCAACCAGAAGCGCCUCAGCGUCUUCCACCCGUCCGCCUACCUGAACGGCCACUGGCUGUGCUGCAGGGCCUCCUCGGACACGGCCGCGGGCUGCACGCCCUGCACCGGGGGCCUCCCGGCCAACAUCCAGCUGGACAUUGACGGGGACCGUGAGACGGAGCGGAUCUACUCCCUCUUCCACACCUACAUGGCCAGGCUGGAGCAGAUGCAGGAGGCCUGCGGGAGCAAGUCCGUGUACGACGGCCCCGAGCAGGAGGAGUACUCCACCUUCGUCAUCGACGACCCCCAGGAGACAUACAAGACGCUGAAGCAGGUCAUUGCUGGGGUCGGGGCCCUGGAGCAGGAGCACGCCCAGUACAGGAGGGACAAGUUCAAGAAGACAAAAUACGGAAGCCAGGAGCACCCGAUCGGGGACAAGAGCUUCCAGAGCUACAUCAGGCAGCAGCCGGAGACCUCCGCACAUUCCAUUUGAAGUUUCGCCCACGUGGGGAGGAGCCGGGAGGGGGCGAGGGCGGGUCCGCGUUGCCCCCCUCCCUGGGGACCAGCAGCCGCACCCUGAGCCGCGUCGCUUGACCGAGAAGCUGCUUGACCGAGAAGCUGCCCGUGGCCUCGUUGCCUCCUGUCAUGGCAGAGCCCGGACUCACCCCACCAACCUUCCCAGGAGGUGCGGUUGCUGGUUUUUAUUCUGCUGACCCAGGGGUCGGCCAGACGGUGGCGCCAUGGGCGUCGACAGCCACAGCUCGGGGUCCACUGGGAGCCCACGCCGCCCUCCGCUGCAGAGCAUGUGCUUCCAUCCGCCUGCACCGCGCCGCCGCCCGCAGUUCUGCACGGGGCUCCUGGCCCCGCCAACGUCCUGCCACGCCACGCGCCGGACGCCGACUGCCCGGCCAGCCUUGGGUGUGGUUUUGCUCCUGGCGGAAGGGUCAGCUUUGCACUGGACACGCAGAGCCGCACGGAAGUCCCGCCCGAGGGUGCUCUGGGAGUGGGGGUCCCGCUGCAGAGGGGCCACGGGGGAAGGGCGUGGGCUCCGCUCUCGCCUGGUGUCCUGCACCCCAGCUCCAGCACACGCCGUUUUGAUGGGGUUUAAAGCAUCCACGCGUUUUUCAAGCUGUUUUUCUUAAUGUUUCUAAAGGACCAUUUGAAUCAGCUCUUUGGUGGGAAGUAACUCAGGCACCAAAGCGGCACCUGCGGAGGAGAGGCUGCCGCAGGCCCCAGGCGCCCGGGUGUCUCAGAGGAGGGCCACGCAGGGGGGACGGCUGCGCGGGCCUGCGGGGACUGGCGCCCUCCCGAGGCCACUUUCCCGGGGGUGGGGGACCCAGAAUGGCGGGUCAGUCCCCCAGGUCCCUCCCGUGCCGCGUCCUUGUGGGCUGCAGACGGUGCUGGGAGGCGCGUGAGUCCUCAGCUCCGAGUCCCUGUGCCCGUUUCUCCCUGUCCCUGUUGGGAAAUACGGUCGUUCAGGCUCAGUCCCAAUGGCAGGUAGUAAUGUCACUUGUCAUAGAAAUAGUGGAGGACAGUGUAAAAGGUCAGCUUGGGGACGCAGCUGCGAGGCUGCGCUGUGCCGCGGCUUUCAACAUGGGUUUGUAACCUCACGUCUGUUUAUAAAAUACUAAUGUUUUACAUCGUAUUUUACUGGCCAAUUAAAACAGAUACUUUAUUCUU